CCGGGUGGCCCGGGCCGCCGGAGGAGGGCGGUGCCGUGGGCCUGAUCCGGGUUUACUGGCGACCGGCUUCAGUAGGAUGAUCAUGGCAGCUCGGAUAGGUCAAAGAGCCCUGAAAAAGGUGGUCUCGGGAUGCUGUCCGAAGUCCGCGGCAGCCGCCAGAGCCCCGGCUCCAGCGCAGGUGCCUGCGAGGAACGUCAGUUAUUUAGCUUCCUGUGGUAUACUGAUGAGCAGAACUCUUCAACUACAUACCUCAGUUUUUCUUAAGAAGAUACACGCAAGAAGCUUCUUCAGAAUUGCUGCACCAUUAAUAAACAAAAGAAAAGAAUAUUCAGAAAGGAGAAUUAUAGGUUAUUCUAUGCAGGAAAUGUAUGAUGUAGUAUCUGGAAUGGAGGAUUACAAGCAUUUUGUUCCUUGGUGUAAAAAAUCAGAUAUAAUAUCAAGGAGAUCUGGAUACUGCAAAACACGAUUAGAAAUUGGGUUUCCACCUGUAUUGGAGCGCUAUACAUCAGUAGUAACCUUGGUGAAACCACAUUUGGUGAAGGCAUCGUGUACUGAUGGGAAGCUCUUCAAUCAUUUGGAGACUGUUUGGCGUUUUAGCCCAGGUCUUCCUGGCUACCCAAGAACUUGUACUUUGGAUUUUUCAAUUUCUUUUGAAUUUCGCUCACUUCUACACUCUCAGCUUGCCACAUUGUUUUUCGAUGAAGUUGUAAAGCAGAUGGUAACUGCCUUUGAAAGAAGAGCGUGUAAGCUGUAUGGUCCAGAAACAAACAUACCUCGGGAAUUGAUGCUUCAUGAAGUUCAUCACACGUAAAGAAAAAAGGAAAUGGUCACCUACUUGUAUCUAGUUUAUUCACUUUUAGGAAGUGCUUUCAUCAUUUGCUUUCAGAAGUCAGAAAGCAUUUGUCAAACCCAGCUUUGAUUAUAAACCCAUACUGUUGAAAAUUUGCACUUGGAAUAUGGAACCACAUGUACAUAGAAUUCAAUCAAGUAUAAUUCAGAGUAGUAUGUAUAUUAGCAUAUUUACAAUAAUAGGAUGUCAUCACUGUUGCUGGAAUACUGAUAUCACUCUUUUGAGCAGAAAUUGAAACUGUAAAUUUAAACCUUUUAAUUAUUACCUCACCUGAAAGAGGUUGGUUGAGAUACUUAUGCAGUGUGUACUAUAUUAACCAUGUCACGUUUUAAGUUAUUAAUUUCAGACUAUUUAUAACUUAUUGUCUUAGGGCCUGCCUCGUGGCUUAGGAUAUUUGAGUAAUCAUCAGAUAUUUAAAGUAAAAACUUUGACUUAAAAAUAUUGUUAAUGAAGGUUCCCUGGCACUUUUCUUAUUUUUGAAUUGUUCCUAUGGAUAGUAGUAGAUAAUUCAGUAUUAUACUAAGGUUAGCUUCCAGAUAAACAAUUAUUUUUUAUUUUUAUUUUUUGGUGAGUGGUCCAGAGAGUAUUUUUUUGGUCCAGAGUUUUAAGUUACUUUUCUCAUAGUUUGCAACCCUCUCCCUGAUAUUUUGACUGCUGUGUCAGUAAUGCUGAAUCUGUGUCAAAUUUUGUCUACAGCAGUGGGCAAUAGAUCAAGAUAAGUUGGUUGAUAUGUCUGCAGCACCAUGCAUCCUUAUUUUCUAUUUAUUGUGUGUAUUCACUUUCGAUAAUGUAUUUCAAACUGAUAUUUUUGUAAACAAAUCAACGUAAGGACUGAAGUGGUAACUUAAUAAAGUUAAUUUGUUUAUUUUUUGUA